CACUUGAGGAAGCACAGCCAGCAGGUCCAGAAGCAGCAUGUACUCGCCCAUCCCCCAAAGCGGCUCUGUGUUCCCAGCCUCGGUGCAGGAGCCCGGCCUGCACAUCUGGCGCGUGGAGAAGCUGAAGCCCGUGGCCGUGGCGCGCGAGAACCACGGCGUCUUCUUCUCGGGGGACUCCUACCUGGUGCUGCACAACGGGCCCGACGAGCUCUCCCACCUGCACCUGUGGAUCGGCCAGCAGUCAUCCCGCGACGAGCAGGGGGCCUGUGCCAUGCUGGCCGUGCACCUCAACACCCUGCUUGGGGAGCGACCGGUGCAGCACCGGGAGGUGCAGGGCAACGAGUCUGACGUCUUCAUGAGCUACUUCCCGCGGGGCCUCAAGUACCAGGAAGGCGGCGUGGACUCUGCAUUUCACAAGACCUCCACCGAGGCCAGCUCCCCAUACGUCAGGAAACUCUACCAGGUGAAGGGGAAGAAGAACAUCCGGGCCACGGAGCGGAGGCUGAGCUGGGGCAGUUUCAACACGGGCGACUGCUUCAUCCUGGACCUGGGCCAGGACAUCUUCACCUGGUGUGGUGGCAAGUCCAACAUCCUGGAACGCAACAAAGCGCAGGACCUGGCCGUGGCCAUCCGGGACAGCGAGCGGCAUGGCAAAGCCCGAGUGGAAAUCGUGGCCGAUGGCGAGGAGCCCCCUGAGAUGAUCCAUGUCCUGGGUCCCAAACCUGUGCUGAAGGAAGGCAACCCCGAAGAAGACCUCAUGGCUGACCAGACCAAUGCCCAGGCAGCGGUCCUGUACAAGGUGUCUGACGCCACGGGGCAGAUGAACCUGACCAAAGUCGCUGAUGCCAGCCCCUUUGCCUUUGCACUGCUGAUCCCUGAUGACUGCUUUGUGCUGGACAACGGACUCUGUGGCAAGAUCUACAUCUGGAAAGGGCGCAAAGCUAAUGAGAAGGAAAGGCAGGCGGCCCUUCAAGUCGCUGAGGAUUUCAUCUCCCGCAUGAAGUACGCCCCGAACACCCAGGUGGAGAUCCUUCCCCAGGGCCGCGAGAGCCCCAUCUUCAAGCAAUUCUUCAAGGACUGGAAAUGAGGGCAGGUGCCCCUGCCCCCUUCUGCUUUCUGUUCAGGCUGCAGUCCUGCAGCGCCCCUGGGAACCCAAUA